GAAGGCGGGGACACGGCGGGGAGUAGGGCUGUAAGUGUGGUGUGUAGCGAACGCGUGUAUAAAAGGGAAUUGAUCUCGUGACGGCUUGGCCUUGACUAUACACAAAUCCAGGCGGUGGCGCCCAGACUGAAGGGAAGCCAUCUGAGGGUUAAUGCUCUCAGUGAAGAUGCAUUCACUGGAGCUCCUCCUCCUGUGCCUCGUCGCCUUCACCUCGCCGGAGGCCGCGGGUUCCCCGCAGUCUCCCGACGGCUCCCGGGUCUCGUCGACCCUCUGCAAGGGUCGCAAGAUGCCCACCGCGGGUGCGUGCAACAGCGAGAUGCUCCUGUCCGGAGAGCUGGGCGGAGAAAACCUGCGAGCCGUCUCUCCGAGCCUCCCCGGUCACUACUGGGAGGGCGAAGGCUGCCGUGUCCUGUGCUUCUGCGGGGCUGGGGAGUUGAUGUGCUGCCCCAGGGAGGUGUUCUUCGAUCCGACGGUGCUACCUUUCAUCCCGUGCGACUCCCCCAUCAAAACCAAAGAUUAAAACUCAGAGGAUGGAUGCUGGGCAAGCCGCAGUCAAACUUCGAAGAAGCAUGAACUCAUUCACCUAAAUGCACCAGUCACUCAUCAAGUAAGUUCACUCGACUUCCUUAGAAACUCAUUAACUUCAAAUAGGAACUCACUCGAUCGACAAGCAACUCGCUUAAUCUCUGAUAUAUUCACUGCACCAGUCACUCAACAGUUGAACUAGCAUGUCACUCAGCAUACUAAGCAACUCAGGUAGGAACUCAUUCAACAAUAAACUCACUUCAUUAAGUGAACAGAUCACUCAGCAAGCCAAUGAACUUGCUUCGCAACUCACCCCAUACACUCAUUCACUUAACUAAUGUAUCAACUCCCUCAUUCAAAUAAUCGACUCAACACCUCACUUCACCGAUUCAGCAACUCAUUUGUGAACUUACUCGCCACUCGGUUUCCAUUCAUCUAGCAUCUCCUCAAAAUGCCUCAUCAACCGAUGGAGCAACUCCCUGAUUUUUAUGGACUCCCUCAGUCCACUUCAUCUCACUAUUUUGGAAGAGGAAGGUUAAUGCGUAUUAUAUUCAUUUUGCUAUUAUUUUGAGGCAAUGACUAAAUUAAUUCCGCUGAAUUAAAGCGACACAUUUUUUACUAUUUCCAGUAAAAUAUAAAUGGCACAAGUGACAAGUUGUCAAUUAAAGAUGAUUAAGGGAGACAAUAUUACCUUCGGCUAUGCAGGUACAAUUAAUGUGGCAUUAAUGUAACGCUUAUAAUGAUUAAGGUUAGGCAACUGUUGUUGUAAUAUAUUAUCUCUGAGUAGCACAGAAAACAAGACAUUGUGUAAACUAUAACUUUGGUUCACAAUUAGUGUAUUCAUUAGAAUAACUUAUUCCAAUAUAUAUUUUUAAGAAAAGGAUGGAUGAAAAACAUACCUCCUUACAUUUUUUUCCCCAGUCAAAACAAUAACAAAAUAUGUUCAUCUUUUGUUUUUCAAAGAGGUAUACAAAUUAUGGAAACUUUGUUUUAAUCCAUGUAAGUAGAGGAAUGUUUCAUCAGAAUCAGAAUCUGUUUUUAAACUGAUACUCUAUUUCUUGCUCAAUUCGAAACCCAGGACGAUGUCUACUCUGCCGAAGCUUUAAUCCUCCUGGGUUAUCACGCAGUUCCCAUCGAUCCUGUCAUUCGUAACAUAUUCAAUCGAGCACAGGUGGUGGUGCCUUAUGUAUAGGGUUAUUAAUCACAACAUACCUGUGUGACUGCUUCAGUGUGCCUAACAAUGUCUAACUAAUAGCAUGGAAAUUCAUCAGCUGUUAAAAACAGGUGCGCGUUUCACAAUCCACGCAAUAUUUUGUUAGUUUACCUUCAAUCCCUUGCAUAUUCGUUUACCAUACUUUAACUGCAGUGACUAUAUUGGUAUGUAACGUAAGUUGCACUCUGUGAUUGAGUCUGUGUGUAGUUUGUUGUCCUUUCCCUGCACCUCCGAUUAGCACUGUUGGCUAUGUACGGUGCGAAAGAAGCUCAACAUACAUACAUAUACGAUACGUUUUAAGAGAUUGAGGAGAUGAAUACAGUGGGAUUCUUUUACCCAGCAGUGGGAAGUAAAAGGCUAAGAGAGCACUUUGUAAUGCAACGUAUUAAACAUUUGUAAGUUCCAUUGCGUUGCGUUUACAUUUCCUUAGAUAUACAGUAUAUCGAUUUCAAGUUAUCCUUUUUUUCUGUUGACCACGCCGCCACCACUGCACGUGGUUUUUAUUUGUCGGCCGAGUUGAUCAGGGGAGAAGGCUUGCUCUGUGUUCAAACACCGUUUGCAAAUUAUUUUAAUAGUUGGUCAAAAAUUAAAUCCCAGGUCACCAGAAUCAAAGUGCAGUCUGAACUACGUACAGAUGCCAUCCCAUCAGUUUUUUGGUUUGUUCAAAUCAAAGCACAUCGCUCACUCCUCUCAUCUGCAAUGUGCACAGCUGCCUCACUGCAGAAUAUUUUUUGUUAUUCCAAUUCCUCCCAGAGCUCAGCUUUAAUACAUCUUUCGAACUUCAACUAAGUUUAUUGAUUUCAAAACAUUUAAUCAACUCUCACGUAGUCUUCUUACUCAAGCCAUGUUAUUGGACACUUUAAUAAAAAUACAUACAUGAAA